CAGUUAAGUCAGGGUUGUUCUGUGGUCACACCACAUUUAUAUCCCUGGUCAUUUACUGUGGAAGCAGCAGGUCAGUUAACUUGGUGAACGAAUGUGAUCCUUUCUGCUGUAGGUACACGAAAUCCUUUUGCAAUGCAAUCAGGAGGAGAUUGUAAGCGAGCUGACCAUUUCAGUGUACGACACUGCCAGGAAUGAGAAGGCACGCACACACUGUGCGGAGAUGGGAUGGUGCUGGUCGAUGGAGUAUGUUAGAGGAAUAUGAAACCAGCGUCUUAAAUAUUUCUGCAGAAUUCAGUAUUUUGACUUUAGACAGGAUGACUGAGCAGUGUAUUGAGCUGAAAGCUAAGCAUCCACGGAAGAGACCAAGAGUAUCUCAGUCUGACAGUGAGGAUGACGUUCUGAACGAGGCACUGUUCGAGUUGGGGGGCUCUUCAAAGAGGUGUUUUGAAGUAAAGGAGGAUGAGAACCAGAACUUCAAAGUUGGUGAGCAGAUUAAGCCUCAACCCAAACCCUGCCUCCACAAAAAGAGAGUGAAACCAGACACCCCGGUUAUCCCCUCUGUCAUAAAACGUGUCCUCCAGAUAGUCACUCGGAGGCAGAAGCAGUGUGACUUGAAAGAUGACAGUAAUGAUGCAGAAUGCCCCCACCCUGUACAGUGCUCGACCCCUUUGGCCCAGCAUGUGACGUCUGGUUCUAUACCUGCUGUCUCCCAGGACUGGCAGGCUGACCUGGAAUCGGCCCAAGAACUGAUCUUCAGCACCCCAUCAGCGGAGUGCAUUGGUGGAACGGGCCGGUUGGUGGAGAGAAUGCUGGAGACGCCCUCCAAGCAUGAAAGGGGUGAGGAUGCUGGAGAAGUUCCAGCUGACUGUGCAGUGGAACUCAGACCUGUAGUGGCAGGCUACUUUUCAUUCCGCUCUGUGCUGGAGAAAUUCGAGGUCCGGUCUGAACUGGGUACGCCCUCGUCUUGCUCCUUUAGACCCUGUUCCAUUUUCACCUCAACCCGGGCAAUCCAGGAGAAACUACUCAACAACACCUUUCCCAGCACAUUCAAGGAGGGCCUCCUUCGCAAGGAGCGGGGGGAGGAGCUGUCCUUGCUGAGAGCACAUUACAAAAAGGACAAUCUCUGGCUUCAAGAGAAUGGAGCUGGGUCUGGCUUUUGGAAGACUUCUUGGGUUCUGCCACGGGCAAAGCGGGUGACAAAACGGAUAAAGAGAAACCUGUGGCCACCUAGUCCCAAAGAAGCUGUGGCGGAGACAGAUUCUGGGUUUGGACAAGAGGAGCAAGAAAUGCACUCCAGCUUGACCUGAGGCGAGAGUGACAGCAGCAUGAUGUACCAUAAAAGCACACCAGAGGCCGGGGAUAAAAAUUUAUGAAGAUUACCUGACUGUUGGACUGUCUUGGGAUAUUUUCAAUAGAGCACUUUUUUUUUUUUCGUAUGUACCUAGAGUAUUUGACUAGAUAUUAAUUUUGUAAUAAUAAAUUUGCUGAAAUGUUUGUCUGGAGUUAAUGAACAGUGGUGCACAAU